AUGCUACACGCGCAAACCACGGCACAUGCGUUUAACACGGAGCACACGCGGAAAACCACGUCCCCCACAUGCGGAAAAUAUCCGUAUCCAUAUGCAACCUUAAUAGAAGGACGCCUACGCUACGUGGAGCACUGUAUCAUAUAG